AUGCCGGACCACGACCCGAAUCUGAAUCCGACCCACAGCAAAACCACCGGGCUUCCCCGGAAGCGCUUCUACCGCGCCCGCGCGCACAGCAACCCCCUCAGUGAUUCCCAUUUCCCCGUCCCAAUCUCCCCCGCUCAAUUCGAUUACUCCCUCCACUUCCCAGGAUUCUCCGAUCGUUCCCAAAAAAUCGAGUUCGCCGACGUCGGUUGCGGCUUCGGAGGGCUUCUGAUCGCGCUGGCGCCGCUCUUCCCCGCCACGCUGAUGGUCGGCAUGGAGCUGAGGGACAAGGUCACCGAGUACGUCAAGGAACGCAUCCUCGCCCUCCGCGCCUCCAAUCCCGGCCACUACCACAACGCCUCCGUGGUGAGGACCAAUUCCAUGAAAUACAUCCCCAAUUACUUCCACAAGGGGCAGCUGACGAAGAUGUUCUUCCUCUUCCCGGAUCCGCACUUCAAGGAGAAGAACCACCGCCGCCGCGUCAUUAGCCCCCACCUGCUGGACGAGUACGCCUACGUGCUCACAGUAGGGGGGAUUAUAUAUACCAUCACGGAUGUCGAGGAGCUCGGGGUCUGGAUGAAGGCGUGUUUGGAAGAGCAUCCGCUGUUUGAGGCGGUGGCGGCGACGGAGCUUCAGGCGGAUCCGGUGGUGGAGCUGCUGAGCACCGCGACGGAGGAGGGGCAGAAGGUUGCGAGGAAUGGCGGGGAGACGUUUACUGCCGUGUACAGACGGAUCCAGGCGCCACCAUCUUCUUAGUUGAAUUUAUAAUAUAUAUAUAUAAAUUUCUAUGCAUUUCUUCGCCAAGGAAUCAAAACCUUUUUUCACAAAACAAGUGCAAGCUUUUACUUUUCUGUACAAUCCAAUAUAUGUAUGUAUCUUUUGUGAUAGUUUUGCUUGCCUAAGUUGCAAGAGCUCUUUUGAUAAUACUGAAUGCAGCAAAA